GAGCAGUAGCCUUUGUAAUACUACGUUGCUAAGGAGUAAGGCUAAGGCCCAGCACGCAGAAAGUCAUCGAGCAGCUCGGCGGAGGCGGCCGCCGGAGACCAAGAAGAGGCCGAUCCGACCCUGAGAGCUCGCGGCCAUGGGUGAGGAAGCGGCCGUGCCCCCCGCCGUGGCGGCAGCGGCGGCCGCGAGCGCCCCGGCGCACGUGCUCCUGAUAUGCUUCCCGGGGCAGGGCCACGUGAACCCCAUGCUCCGCCUGGCGAAGCGCGUCGCGGCCAAGGGUCUCCUCGUGACCUUCUCCUCGGUGGCCAGCGUGGGCGCGAGGCUGGUGGCCGCCGCGGGGGUGUCGGCCGGCGGCGACGGCGUGCCCGUGGGCCGGGGCCGCGUCCGGUUCGAGUUCCUGGAGGACGGCGACCCCGGGCCGGACCUGGACGACCUCAUGCGGCACCUGGAGACGGCCGGGCCCCCGGCGUUCGCGGCGCUGCUGCGGCGCCAGGCGGAGGAGGGGCGGCCCGUGGCGUGCGUGGUGGUGAACCCGUUCUUGCCGUGGGCGAGCGACGUGGCCGCCAGCGAGGGGAUCCCGACGGCGGUGCUGUGGGUGCAGUCGUGCGCGGUGUUCUCGCUCUACUACCACCACGUGCACGGGCUGGUGGAGUUCCCGCCCGAGGACGACCCGGCGGCGCGGUUCCGGCUCCCGGGCCUGCCGGAGAUGUCCGCCGCCGACGUGCCGUCGUUCCUGCUCCCGUCCAACCCGUUCAAGCUCCUCGCCGACGCGAUCAUCACGCAGUUCCGCACCAUCGGGCGCGCGUCGUGGGUGCUGGUGAACUCGUUCGCGGAGCUGGAGGCGGACGUGGUGGCGGCGCUCCCCGGCGUGACGCCGCGCCCGCCGGAGCUCAUCCCCGUGGGGCCCCUCAUCGAGCUCCAGCAGGGGGAGGAGGACGACGCGGUGCGCGGGGACCUGAUCAAGGCCGCGGACGACUGCGUGGAGUGGCUGGACGCGCAGCCGCCGCGGUCCGUGGUGUACGCGUCGGUGGGCAGCGUGGUGGUGCUGUCCCCCGGCGAGGUCGCGGAGAUGGCGCACGGGCUGGCGUCCACGGGGCGGCCGUUCCUGUGGGUGGUGCGGCCGGACACGCAGCCGCACCUGCCCGCGGGGUUCCUGGACUCCGUGUCCGGGCGCGGCGCGGUGGUGCCGUGGAGCCCGCAGGACCGCGUGCUGGCGCACCCGUCGACGGCGUGCUUCCUCACGCACUGCGGGUGGAACUCGACGCUGGAGACGGUGGCGGCGGGGGUGCCCGUGGUGGCGUUCCCGCAGUGGGGUGACCAGUGCACGGACGCGAGGUUCCUGGUGGAGGAGCUCGGGAUGGGCGUGCGGCUGCGGGCCGCGCCGGCGGGGCUGCGGCGGGAGGCCGUGCGGGACGCCGUGGAGGCCGCCGUGGCGGGGCCCCGCGCGGGGGAGAUGCUGGCGAGCGCCAGGCGGUGGAGCGCCGCGGCCAGGGCCGCCGUGGCGCCAGGCGGGUCCUCGGACGCCCACGUCCAGGCGUUCGUGGACGAGGUGGCGCGGCGAGCGUGUGGCGGCGGAGCGGCUAAGGCCCGGGCCCAGGCGCAGGCGCAGCAGCCUCCUCCAGCCGUCGUCGCAGAGGCCUAGCUGAGCUGAGCCUGAGCCGCAGCUCGCGUCGAGACCUGAUCUCGGAGAGAGGGUGCUAGUGCUAGCUAGGGUGGUAAACCGUAAACCACGCGUGGCGGUAAAAGAUGAACAGUAAAUAAUCGCGUGGCUACCGCGAAUCUCAUUUCGUUUUCACGGUUUGUUCAAUUCGAUUCCGACCAGAUUUUGUGUGCUCUA